AUGGGGCAUAUCUUUUGCCAGGUGAUGCCCCACCUCGACCAGCACAGGUUGGUCCGGAGGCUGGCUCCCUUCAACAACGCGACAACCCUGCCCAACUUCGAUGUCACCGACGUCAGUCCGGAAGAAACCGUCGAUGCCUCCUGCUACUCUGGUCUCCUCCUAGCCCUGACGACAAACGCAGGCUUCCUCAACUUAACGACGAACAGCUUCAACAUGUUCGUGUGGUCGAAGGCUGGCAUGCGAAAUCCAGUCAGCUUCUUCUUUCUGGUCCUCGCAAUUAACCAGGGCAUCUACAGCCUGGCCUUCCUUCCAACUGUUGCCUUCCACAAGUGCCUCGGCAAGAAUUUCCUGACACUAGAGGGCUUUGAACCGGAACAGAACCGAAACCGAAAACCGGAAAAAACCGAUAUUUUAGCCGGAACGAAACUCGGAACUGAACCGAAAUUGUUUUUGCUUGCCGAACCGAAACCGAAAACCGGAACAAAAAAAAUAACGUUCCGGAACAACAUCAUUACUAACUUCAUCAUCACCACCAACAACAAUAACAUUAAAGGCGGCAUGAUGAACUUACUCUCAACAACGUUCCACUCCAACGUUUUCAUCUUGACGAACACUUGCUUGCUAACACUGGUUAUCUCCGUGUUUCAGUGCAUUUCGAUAUAUGAAGAUAAGAGUACCAUCUUCCCGUUUAUAUCGUACACUAGAUGUGGCAUGGCGUUUGGGGGCUGCCUCGUCCUGUCCAUCUCAGUAGACACCAAUCAGGUGGUCGGUGACUUACUGAACAAUGAAAGCAACAGAGGCAGCCUCUUUGUGAAAUACAUAGGCCAAAAUGCUCCAGAUGUAUAUGGGUAUUUGUUGUGGUACAUAUACGUGCGUAUCAUACCGAUGAGUGUGGUGUUGCUCAUCAACGCUGUGGCUUGUUACAGGGUUCUGAGGAAGUGCGGAGGGAAUGAUAAUGAGAGCCAAGAAACUAACGAGAGCUUCAGUAAUAUGGAAAGCAAAAAAAUUAAAAAUAGAUUUUCUUCUAAAACUUCAACGGCCACCUCUACCCCGGUCGGUGGCUUGCCUGUGAUAACCUUCCGAAAAAACAGCUUCCCCUUUGAAACUCCCCUGUCUGGUGUGCGCCCACCAAUCAGCCAAAAAUUAAGAUCAAAAAACAAUUCUCUUGACGGCUCGCACCGAUCGAUCUCUAAAAAGUUAAGAUCAACGACUGGAUCGCCUCCAUUACUCUUCAACAAACUUGCUUCAACAACUACCUCCCCUUCUGCAUCCUCCCUUCUUACCCCUACAAAUCUCGAAAUACCUAGUUCUGCCUUCCUUGCUGGAUCGGCUCUAUCAACUUCCAACAAAAAUGGAUCUCCCGGCACUUCCGCCCUAGUUGACUCAACCCUUUCAAUCCCUCAGAAAAGUGGUUUCAUCAGUAGUGACCUCCUAACUGGCUUGCUUACAAACUCCCUGACAUGUUGUGAGCCUUCCACAUCCAAGCUGCCAAGUUAUAGGAAGAAUAAAAAAAAAUGGCGACGACCAGCAGGCGGGGGUGGCCUCAACCAGGUGGACACUGAAAGCUACAAACGACAAAUCACUGCCGUCGAUGAUGGAGAUAUAAAUUACCAUGGCGAUAAUGAAGAAGAAGAAGAUGAUGAUGGUGGUGGUAAGAUCAACGGUAGAACAAGCGAUAAUAGGGCGAGUCAUGAUGAUGAAAAAUAUGGUGGCGGAAAUAUCACUUGCAAGGAUGGUUGUGGUGAAAUCAAUUUUGGUAAUAAUAAAAAUGUUGAAGGAAAUAAUAAUAAUAACAACAACAAUAAUAAUAAUAAUGUGAUCGAUCGCGAGGACGUUAAAGUCAUCUCCAAUGAUAACAAUACAACAAAGAUGAGUAGAAUCCCCAAUAAUAAUAAUAAUAAUAACGACAAUAAAACUAACAACAAUAAUAGAUAUAGAAAUAGAAAUGGCCAUAACAAGGGUGGACAUGACAAACGCUUGUCGAAAGUCAUCGAGUCGAUCACAGGCAUCGGCUCGGCCGAGGAGGACGAUGACGAUGACGAGGCCGAUAACAACACCACUGCCAAGGCAAAUAACGCUAAAAUGUCCCGCGCCCAGACCAAGUAA